AUUUGUGUGAAAGAAAUAAAAACAUGCAUGCAUAUGCCAAUAUUGCCAUAUUAGCAAAACAAAGACUAUAUAUAAAUAUUAAAUAAUAUACGCGCUUAAUUAUCUAUGCAACGUUAGUGACACGUUGCUUUUAAAGUUUACCACCCUUAGUGAUCACCAUGAUCAUAAUAAUCAACUCUUUCUUUAACUAUUUUUGCAUAAUUAAUAUUUCUUUUUUAAAUUUAAUAUAUAAAAUAUAAGUUAUUAACUAAAAAUGAUAUAAUUAGGAUGAUCUAAAAACAAACUUAUAAACUUGAGUUUGGUUUGGUUUGGUUUCCCAUGUUUUUCUCCCUACAAAGAAUCUUUAAGCAUUAUAUUUUUAACCUUAUUAAUUUCCUCAUUCUUUAAAAUCACCAUUUUAUGCGGAAACACCUUCAAAUUAAUUAACCCAUUUUCGUUGCUAUGCUUUUUUUGGUCCAAAAACUUUCUUCUCUUCAUCUCAGGUAAACCUCUCUUACUGGAUUUCUUUUCUCAUAAUUUUCAUCUCUUAUUCUUCUUCUGUCCAUGUAUGUAAUAUAAUAUUUUUUAAAAAAUUUAUAUAGAUAAGAAAAUUUACCAUUAAAAAAAAGAAGGAAAGAAAUGAGUUGCUUUUCGUGUUUUAAAAAAAGUAAAAAGAAAACAACAAAGAGAUCAAUUGACAUAAGAAGGUCUGGCCAAACAACUGGAGUUCAUCCAAGAAAAGAGACCAAUUCUACUACUGCACCACAACCUCGCCCUUCAGAAAACCCAAAACCAAAAUCAGCAGCAGAAUCUGAGACCACAAACAACAACAACAAUAAAGAUAUCAAUAAUAAUAAUAAUGAAGGAACAUCUAAUGGGAACCAAAAUAUUGGAGCAAAAACAUUUACAUUUAGAGAAUUGGCUACAGCCACAAAGAAUUUUAGGCAAGAGUGUUUGCUUGGUGAAGGUGGAUUUGGUAGAGUUUAUAAAGGCAGACUUGAAAAAACUGGCCAGGUUGUAGCUGUGAAACAACUUGACAGGAAUGGUUUACAAGGAAACAGAGAGUUUCUUGUUGAGGUUUUGAUGUUAAGCCUCUUACAUCAUCAAAAUCUAGUCAAUCUUAUUGGGUAUUGUGCUGAUGGUGAACAGAGACUUUUGGUCUAUGAAUUCAUGUCAUUGGGUUCUCUAGAAGACCAUUUAUUAGAGUUGCAACAUGGGCGAAAGCCAUUAGAUUGGUACAAAAGGAUGAAAAUAGCAUUAGGGGCAGCAAAAGGGUUGGAGUAUUUGCAUUACAAGGCCAAUCCACCUGUAAUCUACAGAGAUUUGAAGUCAUCAAACAUUUUGUUAGACAAGAAUUUCAAUGCCAAACUCUCUGAUUUUGGGCUUGCCAAGCUUGGACCUGUGGGAGACAAGAGUCAUGUCUCCUCAAGAGUAAUGGGAACAUAUGGUUAUUGUGCACCUGAGUACCAGAGAACUGGUCAACUCACUGUUAAAUCAGAUGUUUACAGUUUUGGUGUUGUUUUAUUGGAACUUAUAACUGGAAGAAGAGCCAUUGAUACUACAAAACCAAACACUGAGCAAACUCUUGUUAAUUGGGCACAUCCUUUAUUCAAAAAUCCACAAAGGUUUGGAGAACUUGCAGAUCCAAUUUUAGGAAGAGAUUAUCCAGUGAGAGGAUUACAACAAGCGGUCGCAGUGGCUGCCAUGUGUUUGAAUGAGGAGCCCUCAGUACGGCCCCUCAUCAGCGAUGUUGUCACCGCUCUUAGUUUUUUGGGAACCAGUCCUGAUCAUAACACCGCCACAAGUACAAAUCACCAAAACCAAAAUGACCCAACUCAUAAUAAUGAUAAUAAUAAUACCAACAAUAAUAACAGAAAUAGUAGUAGUAGUAAUAAUAGUAAUAGUAAUAGAGGUUAUCAAGAGAAAGAAGAAGAGAGAUUAGUACAAGAAAGACAAAGAGCUGUACAAGAAGCCAUUGAAUGGGGUUCAACUUCAAGGCAUAACAAUCCCAAAACUCGAUUUGGAAGUGCUGCUUCAUUAUGAUAUAAUUAUACUUAAUCAUAUACUAUUGUUAAUUAUUCUUUAACUACGUAAAAAGAAUCACCAUAUUAUAUUUGGUAUGUGGUUUGAGUUGAGGAUGAUUUUCAUUCUUUCCAAUGAAAGUAUGAUACAUUUUUUUUUAAAAAAAAAAAAUUACAUUAAUUUAUUUUUUGAUGAAAAAAAAAAACAUUUACAAAAUGUAAUUAGUUGAUUGGUUGUAUAUGAAUCUUCACAUGGAUCUUUGGAU